AUGCACGUCUGCAAGCGCGUCCAACUCCGAGCUGCAGCGCUGGCCAUCGGUGCGAGCGCCAGCGGCGGUGUUCUCGCCUUGAGUGUGCCGCCGUCGCCCCGCGCUGCCUCCGCGCCGCUCUUCACGUUUGGCAUCAUCGCGGACGUGCAGUGGGCCGACGCGGAGGACGGGUCUAACUAUGACCGCACUGUCGUCCGCCACUACCGGGGCGCGUUCCGCACUCUGCAGCGCGCUGUCGACUGGUGGCGAGCGCUGCCCGAGCCGCCCUCGUUCAUCGCGCAGCUGGGAGACAUCAUCGACGGCGUCAACGUGCGGCUCGGGCAGAGCGCGCCCGCCCUCGAGGCGGCGCUCUCCGAACUGCGCCGCGCGCCCUGCCCCUCG